AUGGACAGACCCCUGACGACAGCCGAUGUUCCACCGGAAUUCCUCGAGGACACCUACAUGGUCGGCCACAUCCCGCUCAAAGCUAUGACGUCUGAUCCCCGCGUGUCCUAUACGCUCUACAUCCCACCAGCGCACUACAAUUCCAAACAGCCCGCGGGAGCGGCUCUCGACUCACCGCGGGCUCCUAGAAAACUGCCCCUCCUCAUCUACGUCCACGGAACCCGCCGUAACAUCUCGGCCAUGCGCGGCGAACUAGCCGCGUUCGCCGACUCGGCUGCCUGCGCCAUCGCGGCGCCCAUGUUCCCCGCCGGCCUCGACGGGCCCAACGACCUCGACUCCUACAAGCUGCUGCGGUCGGCGAGUCUGCGCUCGGACCGCGCGCUGCUGGCUAUGCUGGACGAGAUUGAGGUCCGCUGGCCCGGCGUCGAGACGGAGAGGGUGUCGCUCAUGGGGUGGUCGGGUGGCGCGCAGUUUGCGCUGCGGUUCCUCUAUUUGUAUCCUGAGAGGCUGGUGAAUGUGAGUGCGGGGGCUCCCGGACAGGUGACGCACUUGGACGAGGGGAAGAAGUGGCCUUUGGGAGUGGCGGACGUGGAGGAGCUGUUUGUUGUGGCGAUCAGGAAGGACGCUAUUGCGAGGGUGCGUAUCCAGCUGGCUGUUGGCGGCGCUGAUGUCGAUCUCCCCGGCGGCAGGGAGUUUUGGGUCUGGCUGGAGGGUGUGAAGGGUCGGCGGAGUGGUCAGGGUCAGCAUAAGGAGUCGGGGAGUAAAGAGGAUGGCGAAGUGGUGGUCAUGAGGCGAGGAAGACUUGAGAACUUGCAGACAUUACACAGAGCGUGGAAAGAGGAGGGCAUUCAGGCACAGUUUGACGUUGUAGAGGGCGUAGGUCAUGACGAGGCACGCAUGCGUGGAUGUCUCUUGGACUUCUUGCUUCCUCUGAUGCAGGAGUAA